ACUACAGUCUGACAUGUUGUUGCUAGGAAACGGACAGUGUAGCUCAGUUUCUCAUACAAUGUUGAAGCUGGUUCAUGUCGUGAAAAGCGCGUGAAGCUCUAUUAAAGAGUUCGUGUUAAAUGGAUAACAAUAACAGACACGAUGACUGCAGAGUCCCAUGAGUUAUUAUUGGACGGACAGAACCAUCUUACAAAAUGUUUCCCUGCUCGGACGUUUCAGCACCGAGGACAAGAAGGUGCUGGGCAUUGGCUUGUAGCGUACUCAAAGGCAGAGGAGCAGAGAUACAGGACCCUGCAGAGGAGAAUAAAAGAGACAUAUCGAAAAUGUCACAACACUGACCCUGUCCAUAACACAUUGGAUGCACCUUUCCUGCUCCAGUCACACUGUGUUGAUAAACCGUCCACGCUCUGCUCCGUGGACAUCAGUGAGAAGAAACUGAAUUCUGUCAACCCUGCAGAGCUCAAGGACUUUAUCAACGUGGUUUACAUUGAUGCAUCUAUCAAUGCUCUCUCUUUGGAUUCUUUCAGCAGUUUUGUGUCUUUGAAAGAACUUAACCUGUCAUUGAACGGGCUCUGCAGCAUGACAUUUGAUGCUGCAGAUUUCCCUCAUCUCGAGGUUUUGGAUCUUUCCUACAACAAUUUGUCGGCUGAUGCUGUUGUUUCCAUUGGCUGGCUUCCUCGUCUUAAGGGUCUUCAUCUGACGGGAAAUAAGCUUCAUCACCUCCCCCCCAAUCUGGGUUCUUCCAUUUCUGGACCUGCUACAGAGGAAGACACGCAGUUUAGAACUCUUGAAGUCCUGAUGCUGGAUGAAAACAAACUGUCCUCUGCAGUAUUUACCUGUUUGAAAAACCUAAAGAGGCUUAAGUAUUUAAACCUUCAGGACAACCGCAUUACUAAGAUACCAUACCUGCAACCAACUGGCUUUUUGAAACCUUCAGCUGAAGAAGAAGUUGAAGAAGAGGUUCUUGCAAACACUGAAUCAUAUCCUAACACUGAAGAACAUCACAAGAAAAUCUCACAGGUUGUACAAAAGGAUGAACCCUGUCGUGACUCAAGUUUGCCUCUCCCAGCACUGCAGUACUUGAAUUUAUCCGACAACAAGAUUGCAGAGGAGGACGCACUGAUGGCUGCUGCUCUUUUCCCAUCACUGCGAGAAAUCGAUAUUUGCUCCAACCCUCUCACCACACGGAGAAGUGGAGACCCUCCAUUACUCACCUAUUACCUUCAAGAGAGACUGGGGAUCACCAUCAAAAGGAAGAAGACACAAAAGGAUGUGAAGCUGCCAAUGAAGGUGUCCACUGAUCCAAAAUGGAAGGUAGAAGAAAGAAUCUCAAAGGUGUCAAAGCUGCUGAGAGAAGCACUGUGUCCUGCUAGUACUCAGGUUGAGAAAAAUGAGACAGCGGGCAAGAAAACACCAGAAUCUAACCAAGAAAACACAGAACACUUCUUUGUCACUCAGGCAACAGAUUUUCCCCAAUUUGAGUGUGCUGAUGUAAAAGACACAGCAGAGACAAAAGAGAAAAAUAGGGCGGUUAACAUUCCUGAAGAAUUCCUGUGCUAUGAAACAUUGAUAGAUGCAAAAGCAAACCCUGGUGAAGUUGAGCCCAUUGGAAUUCAAACAGCUGUUCGGAUGCUGGAGCACACACUGAAGAAUCUCAAUGUUUACAGAGACUCCAAACCAAAGCUUGACAGCGUCCAGACACCGUACAGAGAAAGAGAGAGAAGGGUUAAGAAACUUCCCCCUCUGAAACUAAUAAAGCAGCCGUCUGAAAAGGUUGAUGAAAUAAUAAAGGAAAUCAAACAGAGCUCAUCGAUAAGAGAAGUCUCAUUAAGCAGAGCCAUACGCAGCUCUAGUGUCACAAAGCAGGAUCGCAAGGAGGCUCAGUCUCUGCUGAGAGAUAUGAAGACCAAGUACAAGAUGGUCCAUCAGAAAACAAUGGAACAAGUGACAGACACCAACCAUAACAAAGCUGAACCUCCACCUGUGAACAUGAAUCCAUAUUCAAGCGCUUAGCUAAACUGUUAUUUUUCAUCUGUACUUGGAUCACACCUUGAUAGUGUUGGCAAACAAUUGGUGUGAGAUUUAAUUAGAGCAUCAAGCACAUGUCAAAAAUAAAAGAGGUGGUUAUUAAA